GCUGAUCUGUGACGACUCGAGCGACUCUUGCUGUGGAUUUACAGGCAAUGACUUUCGGUUGCGUUUUUACAGUCCACACAAGCGUCAGUACACACAACGCCAGGGACCGAGAGUGUCAAAGUGUACAGAGAGCUUCAACAGACAUGGCAUCAGCACAGUACGCUGAGAAACCAAAGCCUGGCGACUUGAUAGAAAUCUCCCGUGGCACCUACCAGCAUUGGGCAGUAUACAUCGGCGAUGGCUGUGUUGUUCAUUUGGCCCCAGAUUCCGAAGGCCCGGGUGCGGGCGCGAGCAGUUUGAUGUCCGUCCUAACAAACACGGCCAUCGUGAAGAAGGAGGAGCUGUGGGAGGUGGUGGGUACCAGUGACUGGAGAGUAAACAACUUGUUGGACACAAAGUACCAGCCUCGUUCUGUCUACUUGAUCGUGAGGGAUGCCCUUGAUUUGGUGGGUGAAGAACUGCCAUACGACAUUUUCAGUCGAAAUUGCGAGCACUUUGCCACCCAGCUGCGUUAUGGCAAGGCCCAGUCUCGGCAGGUGCGUCAAGCGGGAGAAGCUGUUGUGGUUGCAGGUGCAGUGACCUUCGGUGUUCUUGGCAUUGCAGCUCUGAUGACAACUCUGCUCGGAGACAAGAACAAGCGCAAACAGUAAUACAAAACAGAAAGGACACUGCCCCUUGAAUUCAGUGAUUCACCAGCAAAGCCUCACGCAUACUGUAAGCAGUCUCAUAAAAAGGGAUUCACACUCACUAAAUAAUGUCAUACUUUUGUCAUUGUAUCACCUCAUAAAUAGGAGCGAUUGCAAUUGAAACAAUUGAAAUUUGUACUGUUUUUGAAUUUAAAAAGAGUUUGACAAGAAUUUGAAACCUUUUUAUCUGUUUGUAAGUCUAAAUAAAAAUCCAUGUAAUUAACCUUA